AUGGUAAAACUUUUGAAGAUAUGCGGAGUUGUGGCAUGCGUUAGCGCUUUUGCUAUCUCUAGUGCACUGGCCGAUACUACAGCGGCCGCCAAAAACGUGGACAAAGUCAGCAUUGAUAUGGCUUCUUUACGUUUUGAAAAUGCCAAACCGGCCAAGAUAGAACCAAGUAAAUCUACUAAAGCUACAAGUACUUCUGGGAAGUCCACUACUGGUGAGGCUAGCAAAACCGGAGCAGCUGGAAAGUCCGGUGAGGCCAGCAAGCCCGAUGAAUCGGCUAAUCCAACCACUAGUGACAAGUCCGCCAAGAGUACCGAUGGUGAAAAGAAGACCUAUGCUGAUGACGAUGUAGUUGGUAGUGUCAAUCUUGUUUUCAGUCUUAACCGAACAAACAGCGAUCCUAUCUACAAGUCCUUCCUAGGCGACACUCAAAAACAACAAGAUUACAUAACUCAACUCAAAGAUCUCAUCAAAACCGAGUCGCUUACUAACAUUAAAGCCCAAGUUAGAAGUUCUAAAAUCGGUGCUUCCGAAGAUGAUGCCGUCAAUGCUAACAAUUCCGUUAUUGUCGAUAUAGACAUGUCUAAGGUCGAGAGUAUUGGUGAGCAACUAAAGCGGCAAAUGCCAAACUUCAAGUUAGGUUCAGAAGUAACCAUUGAAUUACCUCUUAAGCUCAAGGACUUAAAUGCCAUUCAGGACCAGAUGAAUCCCUCUGAUGACAAAUCCGCUGUUUGCUUCAGUCUCUCCAACAUGCCAAUCCCUAGGUUAGAUAAGGAUAAAGAUGAUCUUGUUCUGAAACCCCAAACUUCGCACAUUACUGCUACGUUUUACACCUCUGCUGUUCCUUGCCGCCAAGUCAUUGAUGGCAUUAAGGAUUCCACUGAUUCGGAACACUUUUUAUCGAAGUACUGGCACUUCAUUCUGAUCGCCUGCGUCCUUGUUGUUGGACUCUUUGGUGGUUUUAUCUACUUCAUGAAUUCUAAGAGUUCCAGUUAA